AUGGCGACUCUUGAUUCCGACGUGCCAAUGGUUCCCGCCGGCGAGCCCUCCAGCAGCGCCGGCCCAUCUUCCAAGAAGCCCAAGCGCUUCGAGAUCAAGAAAUGGAACGCCGUUGCACUCUGGGCCUGGGACAUCGUUGUCGACAACUGUGCCAUCUGCCGGAACCACAUCAUGGAUCUCUGCAUCGAGUGCCAAGCCAACCAGGCUAGCGCCACUAGCGAGGAAUGCACUGUGGCUUGGGGGGUUUGUAACCAUGCUUUUCACUUCCAUUGCAUUAGUCGAUGGCUCAAAACCCGUCAAGUUUGUCCUCUAGAUAACAGUGAGUGGGAGUUUCAGAAAUACGGCCACUAG